UGGCUCAUUGAGGCCCCGAGCCCUCAGCACCGGAUCCUGCUGGAAUUCCUUUUCCUGGACACGGAGUGCACUUACGACUACCUAUUCGUGUACGACGGUGACUCACCCCAAGGCCCGCUGCUUGCUAGCCUGAGUGGGAGCACCCGGCCCCCACCCAUUGAGGCUUCCUCAGGCAAGAUGCUGCUCCAUCUCUUCAGCGAUGCCAACUACAACCUGCUGGGUUUCAACGCCUCCUUCCGCUUCUCCCUGUGUCCUGGGGGCUGCCAGAACCAUGGACAGUGCAAGUCACCAGGAGUGUGUGUCUGUGAGCCCGGCUGGGGAGGUCCAGACUGUGGCCUGCAGGAGUGCUCAGCCUACUGCGGCAGCCACGGCACCUGUGCCUCGAUCCUAGGACCAUGCCGCUGUGAGCCUGGGUUCCUUGGGCGAGCCUGUGACCUGCACUUGUGGGAGAACCAGGGGGCUGGCUGGUGGCACAAUGUGAGUGCCGGGGACCCUGCCUUCUCUGCCCGAAUUGGGGCAGCUGGUGCCUUCCUGUCCCCACCUGGGCUGCUGGCUGUCUUUGGAGGCCAGGACCUCAACAAGGCCCUGGGCGACCUUGUCCUGUACAACUUCUCCACAAACACCUGGGAGUCCUGGGACCUGAGUCCUGCUCCGGCCGCUCGUCACUCCCAUGUGGCUGUUGCCUGGGCUGGCUUCCUGGUACUGAUGGGUGGCGAGCUGGCCAAUGGCUUGCUCACCAAUGAUGUGUGGGCCUUCAGCCCCCUGGGUGGAGGCCACUGGGAGCUCCUCCCCCCACCGGCUUCCAGUCCCUCUGGGCCCCCAGGCCUGGCAGGCCAUGCCGCUGCUCUGGUGGAUGACAUCUGGCUGUAUGUGUCCGGUGGCCGCACUCAGCAUGACCUCUUCUCUUCUGGCCUCUUCCGUUUCCGCCUGGACCACACCAGCAGGGGCUAUUGGGAGCAGGUGAUCCCAGCAGGGGGGCGGCCCCCUGCUGCCACUGGCCACUCUAUGGUGUUCCACGCCCCCUCCCGUACCCUGUUGGUCCAUGGUGGACACCGGCCUUCCACAGCCCGGUUUUCUGUGCGGGUGAACUCCACUGAGCUCUUCCACGUGGAUCGGCGUGUGUGGACCACGCUGAAGGGCCGGGAUGGGCUCCAGGGUCCACGGGAGAGAGCCUUCCACACAGCCAGUGUUCUGGGAAACUACAUGGUGGUCUAUGGGGGCAAUGUGCACACUCAUUACCAGGAGGAAAAGUGCUAUGAAGAUGGGAUCUUCUUCUACCACCUUGGCUGCCACCAGUGGGUGUCGGGGGCCGAGCUUGCCCCACCAGGAACCCCUGAGGGCCGAGCAGCACCCCCUAGUGGCCGUUACUCCCACGUGGCAGCCGUACUUGGUGGCAGUGUCCUGUUGGUGGCUGGGGGAUAUAGUGGCCGGCCCCGUGGGGACUUGAUGGCCUACAAGGUGCCCCCCUUCGUGUUUCAGGCACCUGCUCUGGAUUACCACUUGGACUAUUGUUCCAUGUACACAGACCACAGCGUCUGCUCCCGAGACCCGGAAUGUAGCUGGUGUCAGGGGGCUUGCCAGGCGGCACCCCCUCCCGGAACGUCCUCAGGAGCUUGUCCAGCGGCCAGCUGCUUGGGCCUAGGCCGCCUCCUAAGUGACUGCCAAGCCUGCCUGGCCUUCAGCAGCCCCACAGCCCCUCCCCGGGGACCGGGCGCACUAGGCUGGUGUGUGCACAAUGAGAGCUGCCUUCCUAGGCCUGAGCAGGCCCGCUGCCGAGGGGAGCAGAUCUCGGGCACCGUGGGCUGGUGGGGGCCAGCCCCUGUCUUCGUGACUUCCCUGGAGGCCUGUGUCACCCAGAGCUUCCUGCCUGGCCUGCACCUGCUCACCUUCCAGCAGCCACCCAACGCCUCUCAGCCUGACAAGGUCUCCAUUGUCCGAAGCACAACUAUCACCUUGACACCCAGCCCGGAAACAGAUGUGUCCCUGGUCUACCGAGGCUUCAUCCACCCUCUGCUGCCAGGAGGGCCAGGUGGCCCUGGGGCUGAGGAUGUGGCUGUGUGUGCUCGGGGGGGGCGCCUCCAUGUCUUGGCCAGGAUGGCCAAAGGCCCGGACACUGAGAACAUGGUGAGGGAUUUUAGAAUAGGAGUGCCAGGAGGCAGCGAGAUCUCCUUCUUCUUCCUGGAGCCCUACCGCUCUUCAGCCUGCACCUCCUACUCCUCCUGUCUGGGCUGCCUGGCCGAUCAGGGCUGCGGCUGGUGCCUCAACAGUGACACCUGUCACCUGCGACAGGGGAGGGCCCACUGUGAGGAUGAUGGGACAGGCAGGCCCCUCCUGGUGCUGGUACCUGCCCUCUGUCCACUCUGUGAGGAGCAUCGUGACUGCCAUGCCUGCACCCAGGUGUCUACUGGGAUAGGUUCCCUGAGAGGCGGCACAGACAGUCGGGGGCCCUGGGAGAACAACCCCACUCUGGGACGGUGCCUACAAGGGGACUUCUCUGGACCCCUGGGUGGGGGAAACUGCUCCCUGUGGGUGGGAGAGGGCCUGGGGCUGCCUGUGGCCCUCCCUGCCCGCUGGGCUUAUGCCCGCUGUCCAGAUGUGGAUGAAUGUCGCCUGGGCCUGGCAAGGUGUCACCCACGGGCAACCUGCCUGAACACACCUCUCAGCUAUGAGUGUCACUGCCAGCGUGGCUACCAGGGCGAUGGCAUCACACACUGUAACCGCACGAAGCAGGAUGUGCCUGGGUUUGGGGCCGUAGCCUCCGGAAUUGCCUUGGAGAUUGAAGAGGACCUACUUGGAAGGGAGUUUUCACAGUGGUGCUGUGUGGUUUCUAUGGAGACAGUUAUCCCCACAAGCCACUGUGAUAACCUCAGUGGGCUCUGCUUCUGCCAGGACCAUACUGAGGGGGCCCAUUGUCAGAUCUGCUCUCCAGGGUACUAUGGAGACCCCCGAGCUGGUGGCUCCUGCUUCCGGGAAUGUGGGGGUCGUGCCCUCCUCACCAACGUGUCCUCAGUGGCUCUGGGCUCCCGCCGCUUUGGGGGACAGCUGCCUCCAGGUGGUGGGGCAGCAAGAGCUGGACCCGGCCUGUCCUAUUGUGUGUGGGUUGUCUCGGCCACGGAAGAGCUACAGCCCUGUGCUCCUGGGGUCCUCUGUCCGCCACUCACCCUCACCUUCUCUCCAGACAGCAGCACCCCCUGCACACUGAGCUACGUCCUGGCCUUUGAUGGAUUCCCACGCUUCCUGGACACUGGUGUGGUGCAGUCAGACCGGAGCCUCAUAGCUGCCUUCUGUGGCAGGCGGCGGGACAGACCCCUCACUGUGCAGGCUUUAUCUGGGUUACUUGUGCUGCACUGGGAAGCCAAUGGCUCCUCGUCCUGGGGAUUCAAUGCUUCUGUGGGCUCUGCCCGAUGUGGAUCAGGGGGUCCUGGCAGCUGCCCCGUCCCUCAGGAAUGUGUACCCCAGGAUGGGGCUGCAGGUGCCGGGCUCUGCCGCUGUCCUCAGGGCUGGGCUGGCCCUCACUGCCGCAUGGCUCUGUGUCCUGAGAACUGCAAUGCCCACACUGGGGCUGGGAUUUGUAACCAGAGCCUAGGUGUGUGCAUCUGUGCUGAGGGCUUUGGGGGCCCAGACUGUGCCACGAAGCUCGACGGUGGACAGUUGGUCUGGGAGACGCUCAUGGACAGCCGCCUCGCAGCUGACACUGCUAGCCCAUUCCUCCACCGCCUGGGACACACUAUGGUAGAGGGACCUGAUGCCACCUUGUGGAUGUUUGGAGGCCUGGGCCUGCCCCAGGGCCUGCUGGGAAACCUGUACAGGUAUUCAAUCAGUGAGCGCAGGUGGACACAGAUGCUGGCAGGAGCUGAGGACGGCGGCCCAGGCCCAUCACCCCGCUCCUUCCAUGCAGCUGCCUAUGUGUCUGCUGGGCGUGGUGCCAUGUACCUGCUGGGGGGCCUCACAGCUUCGGGGGUCACUCGUGACUUCUGGGUCCUUAACCUCACUACCCUGCAGUGGAGACAGGAGAAGGCCCCUCAGAACGUGGAGUUGCCAGCUGUUGCUGGUCACACCCUAACUGCCCGUCGAGGCCUGUCUCUGCUCUUGGUGGGUGGCUACUCUCCUGAAAAUGGCUUCAACCAGCAGUUGUUGGAGUACCAGCUGGCAACUGGCACCUGGGUAUCCGGAGCCCAGAGCGGGACACCCCCAGCAGGUCUCUAUGGUCACUCUGCAGUCUACCACGAGGCCACUGACUCCCUCUAUGUGUUUGGGGGUUUCCGCUUCCAUGUGGAGCUGGCAGCCCCUUCUCCGGAGCUCUACUCUCUGCACUGUCCCGACCGCACCUGGAGCUUGCUUGCACCUUCUCAGGGGGCAAAGCCCCGUCCCCGGCUUUUCCAUGCUUCAGCUCUGCUAGGAGACACCAUGGUGGUCCUUGGGGGGCGCUCAGACCCUGAUGAAUUCAGCAGUGAUGCUCUGCUCUACCAGGUCAACUGCAACACCUGGCUCCUGCCUGACCUCACACGUCCAGCUUCUGUGGGAUCCCCAAUGGAAGAAUCUGUGGCCCAUGCAGUAGCCACAGUGGGUAGCCACCUGUACAUCUCUGGAGGAUUUGGGGGCGUGGCCCUGGGCCGCCUACUGGCAUUGACCCUGCCCCCUGACCCCUGCCGUCUACUGCCUUCACCCGAAGCUUGUAACCAGUCUGGGGCUUGCAGCUGGUGCCAUGGUGCUUGCCUCUCUGGGGACCAGGCACACAGGUUAGGCUGUGGGGUACCUCCUUGCUCCCCAAUGCCUCGCUCGCCUGAGGAAUGUCGGCGGCUGCGGACCUGCAGUGAGUGCCUGGCCCGCCAUCCUCGGACCCUGCAGCCAGGCGAUGGAGAGGCAUCCACUCCUCGCUGUAAGUGGUGCACCAACUGCCCGGAGGGCGCCUGCAUUGGGCGCAACGCGUCCUGCACCUCGGAGAAUGACUGUCGAAUCAACCAGAGAGAGGUCUUCUGGGCUGGGAACUGCUCGGAGGCCGCGUGUGGGGCCGCGGACUGUGAGCAGUGCACACGGGAGGGCAAGUGCAUGUGGACACGGCAGUUCAAGAGGACAGGAGAGACUCGCCGCAUCCUGUCAGUGCAGCCCACUUACGACUGGACUUGCUUCAGCCACUCUCUGCUGAACGUGUCGCCCAUGCCAGUGGAGUCAUCGCCCCCGCUGCCCUGCCCCAGUCCCUGUCACCUCCUCCCCAACUGCACCUCCUGCCUGGCCUCCAAGGGCGCAGACGGGGGCUGGCAGCACUGUGUGUGGAGCAACAGCCUCCAGCAGUGUCUGAGCCCCUCCUACCUGCCCUUGCGAUGUAUGGCUGGAGGCUGUGGGCGGCUGCUUAGGGGGCCAGAGAGCUGCUCCCUGGGCUGUGCUCAGGCUACACAGUGUGCCCUGUGCCUGCGACGACCCCACUGUGGCUGGUGUGCCUGGGGGGGCCAGGAUGGAGGUGGCCACUGCAUGGAAGGUGGCCUCAGUGGUCCCCGAGAUGGGCUAACAUGUGGCCGUCCCGGGGCAUCGUGGGCCUUCCUGUCCUGCCCCCCGGAGGAUGAGUGUGCAAACGGACACCAUGACUGCAAUGAGACUCAGCAGUGCCACGACCAGCCCCACGGCUAUGAGUGCAGCUGCAAGGCGGGCUACACCAUGGACAAUGUGACGGGCUUAUGCCCACUGUGAGCAGUGCCUCCCACUAUUUGUGGGUUCAGCUUUGGGGGGCGGGCCCUGCCGGCCCUGCCAUGCCUUCUGUCGAGGGAACAGCCAUGUGUGCGUCUCCAGGAAAGAGCUAGAAAUGGCCAGAAGGGAGCCAGAGAAGUACUCACUGGAUCCAGAGGAGAUUGAAAACUGGGUGACAGAAGGUCCAAGUGAAGAUGACGCCGUGUGUGUGAAUUGCCAGAAUAACAGCUAUGGGGACAAAUGUGAGAGCUGUCUCCACGGCUACUUCCUCCUGGAUGGAAAAUGCACCAAAUGCCAGUGUAAUGGCCAUGCUGACACCUGUAAUGAGCAGGACGGGACAGGCUGCCCAUGUCAGAACAACACAGAGACAGGCACCUGCCAGGGCAGCUCUCCCAGUGACCGCCGAGACUGCUACAAGUACCAG